ACGCCAGACACCACCACCUAUCCGCCUCGCCAAUAUUUCGUCUUGACUGACGCCGGGAAACCCGUCUUCAUCAGGUACCCUGACACAGGCCCCGACCAUAGCACAUCCAUUAUCGGCCUUAUGCAAGCCCUCAUAUCCGUCUUCCUGGACGACCGUGACAAGAUACGCUGUGUAAACGCGGGACGAACGCGCAUUACCUUCCUAUUGCGUGCUCCGCUAUACUACGCAUGCGUAUCAAGCUGGGGCGAGCCGGAGAGUGUGACACGUUUCCAUCUCGAGUACCUCCAUUUGCAGAUCCUCAGUGUUAUUUCGGCCGGGCAACUCAGGCGUAUGUUUGAGAGGCGCAAUAACUUUGACCUCCGCCGUCUGCUCUCCGGUGCGGAGCCGUUCAUGUACUCGCUCCUCGAGCGGCUCGAGUGGGACCUGGCGAUGAGCACGUCGAGCUUACACUGUCUUAAGCUCGAUCCUGCCCUCCGAAAACGCAUCGCUGAUACUCUAGUACCCACGAGCAAGAUCAAGGACAUCUUGUACGUCGUCCUUGUAGCUCAAGGCCGAGUAGUCACACUCGUCAGGCCCAAGAAGCACUCGAUCCACCCCUCAGAUCUCCACAUCCUCAUCAACACUAUUCAUUCACCCUCGAUCAUCAACUCGUCCGCCGCAGCAAGCUGGCUCCCGAUUUGCCUCCCGAAGUUCAACUCCGACGCGUUCGUGAAUGCGUACGUUAGCUUCCUUCGACGAGGCGACGACCUCCAGGAGCCGGCGACGCCCACGCCCAGUGCAAUCGGCCUCGUGUGCGUCAGCGGGCUCGCCGAUUUUGAGGCCGUGCGCGGGUGGUGCGCGACCGCGAGCGAGACGCUCGAGCGCGAGCACCUCCUCGGCGCGCUUGUCUCCGCGAUCGGGGGCGGCGCGACCGAGUACAGCGUCGGGGACCUCGCGAUCCCGGGUCUGCGGCACUUCCUGUACAAGAGCCGCGGCGCGGUGCAGGUGACGACGCCGCGCUUCGAGGAGCCGUACGACGCGCCGCCCGGGCGCCGACGUCUCGUGACGCUCUACCAGACGCUCCACGACGCGAUGCACGCCAAGAGCGGCCAGGACGGCACGCUCAAGAUGCAGUAUAUCCGCACCGAGCGGGAGAGCGUCAUGGGCUGGAUUACGCAGCCGUUUGAGCUGUACCUUGCGAUGUCGCCUCUAGUGCCUAAGAGCGCAGUCGUGAACGCUGCGAACGCCAUAGCACGCUGGGUACAGCGCGAGGAGAAGAGGCUGUUCCUGAGAGAUGCGCCGGUGUUUUAG